UAAAGACUAAGAAAAUGGUUGUCGUUUACCCUUUAAACCCUAAAAAUUUAAUAAAACAAAAAUAGAGAUAAGAGAGUAGUAGUACUCUUACUACCAUACAGAACAAAGGAACAAAAUAAAUAUAAACAAAAACCCUCUUCUUUAUAUCUUUACAUCUCCAUCUGAUGAUCUCUCUCCUUUCUCUCAAACUCUUUCUUAAUAAACGUUUGAUGUGAUUCUUAAGCCACACAAAAGAAUAUACAUAUAUAUAUAUAUCUCCCACCUAAAAUAACCCAUCAACUAAACUUUUUCACAAAAAAGAAAAGAGAGAGAUUUUUAAAGCUCCAAAGAGAGAGCCAUGGCUUUCUCAUCUGUUCCUCAUGUGUAUCUGGAUCCACCCAACUGGCCGCCACAGCAACCGAAUCAUAAUGAUCAUCAACAUCAACAGCAGCAACAACAACAAAAUAGCAAUCGUAAUGACCAGAAUUCUCAGGUUCACGCACCUCUACUUCCAACACCAGAAAGUGUUGGCGGUGGAGGUGGUGCGGGCUCGAUAAGACCAGGCUCGAUGGCAGAUCGAGCCCGUCUAGCAAAAAUACCACAACCUGAGAUGGCCCUAAAAUGCCCUCGUUGUGAUUCAACCAAUACUAAAUUUUGCUAUUUCAACAAUUACAGCCUCACGCAGCCUCGACACUUCUGCAAGACUUGCCGCCGGUACUGGACUAGAGGAGGAGCCUUGAGAAGCGUGCCGGUUGGCGGAGGGUGCAGGAGGAAUAAGAGAACCAAAGGAUCAUCAAACAGAUCUAAAUCGCCCUCUACCGCCCCCACAACCGACCGCCCGGGUUCUACUGCGGCUGUCAUCACUUCUAAUGGCAGCGGCAGUGGUGCAGAUAUGUUAGGCAAUUUGGGUCCACAGCAGACUCUACCCCACUUGCCUUUUCUGCCAAAUCUUCAUCAUCAUCUAGGAGAGUACGGAUCUGGAAGUGAUAUUGGCUUGAAUUUCGGGGGAAUUCCUCCGCGGUUGGGGAACACAGGCGAUGGUGAUGAUAAUAUUCAUGAAUUUCAGCUUAAUGGAAACGGUGAUCAUCAGCAAUGGAGACUGCCGCAGCAUCAAGUUCACCAAUUCCCUUUCAUGGCAUCUAACUCGGAACAACCAACUAGGUUGUCGUACCCGUUCGAACAGUUUCAAUCUAAGCCAUUGGAGACACAAGAGGUGAAGGUAGAGGUGAAUAAUAAUAAUAAUAUUCAUAACCAAUCUGGUCUGAAUAAUCUGUCCAGAAAUUUUUUGGGAAGUCUUGGAUUAAAUGACCAUCAGUUCUUAGGUGGUGGUGGUGGUAGUAGUGGCAGUGGUGGUAAUAUUAAUGCAUGGACCGACCUCUCUACUUUCACUUCUUCUACCAACCAUCUCUUAUAGUAACUUAAUUUUACUUAUUAUUACAUGUGCCUCAAUCUUUGAUCUUAUCCCGCUAGCUAGCUAUAUAUAUAUAGCAAAUUAAUAUAUAUCGUUUACUAAACAAGAAACAAAAA